UGAAUUGGUUGCACUGAUAGGCAAAGUCCGUCACUUUAACUUUUAUCAAUUCAAAAAGCCAAUUAGUGAAGUGAACGGAAACGAAGAGGAAGUGGACAAUAGAGACAAUAGGGUUGUGGCGACCGUUGAUAACAUGAACGCAAUGAAUAGAAAGCAGAUUCCGUCGUCUUAUGUAUGCAAUGAAAUCGAUGCACUCGAGCGGGAAGAGGAACAGAUCGACAGAGAGGCACACUUUCUCGAGAAGAGACUCCGCAGGAUAAUGGAGACGGGAGGCGCUAAGGGAGAGGAAGAGCGACUGAUGCAGAAGUGGUUCGUUUUGGUGAAUAAGAGGAAUGCAGUCAUACGAAGACAAAUGCAACUCAAUAUUCUUGAAAAAGAGGCGGAUAUGGAGAGAAGAUUUGAAUUACUGAACAAAGAAUUGCGAUCUAUUCUGGCAAUUGAAGAUUGGCAAAAAACUGAAAGUCAGAAACAGCGGGAAAAGUUGCUUCUGGAGGAACUGGUGACGAUUGUUAAUAAGAGGGAUGAGUUGGUCCAACAUCUCGAUACUCAAGAGAAGGCGAUCGAAGACGACGAGAUGGUCGAGAGUGCAACUCAAGGACCCAUACAUCUGACUGAACCCUCCGACAAGAAUUGUGUUAUUCAGUGA